GUCCUUUCUUGCAGCAAUUAUUGAAAUGUUGGGAGCAGAGAUAUUUAAUCCUCACCUCACUCUAGUCAACUGAUUUCUUUCACGGUGUCUUCUGGAACCCUAAUCCAAGCCAAGUCGAAUCCAUGAUUGAACCCUAUAACAAGCUGGUUAAACUAGCUGCUAGGGCUUUCUAUGAUGAUCUUACGAGCAAAGGAGAUAAUCAACAAAAAACAGGAAGGAGUGAUAACAGGGGAAUUGCUGUAGUGGUACUUGACGCCCUCACGAGACGGCAAUGGGUUAGAGAAGAAGACCUGGCAAAGGACCUCAAACUGCAUACUAAACAACUUCGUCGAACUUUGCGGUUCUUUGAAGAAGAAAAGAUCAUUACUCGCGAUCAUAGGAGAGAGACAGCAAAAGGUGCAAAAAUUUAUAGUGCUGCCGUAGCUGCUACGGCUGAUGGUCAUCAGGCAGCAAAAGAGGGAGAAGAAAAGGUCAAGCUGCACACACACUCUUACUGUUGUCUAGAUUAUGCUCAGAUUUAUGAUGUGAUUAGGUACAGACUACAUCGCAUGAAACAUAAGCUGAAAGAUGAGUUAGAGAACAAAAAUACACUUCAGGAAUAUAUAUGUCCAAACUGUGGAAAAAGAUACAAUGCUUUGGAUGCUCUAAGGUUAGUAUCGUUUGAAGAUGAAGACUUCCAUUGUGAAAGUUGUGAUGGACAACUAGAGGUUGAAAUUGAUAAGAUAGCUGCUCAAGAUGGGGGAGAUGGAGAUGACAAUGCAAGAAGACGCCGACGUGAAAAGUUAAAGGACAUGCUUCAAAAGAUGGAGGCACAGCUCAAACCUUUAAUGGAUCAACUCAGUCGGGUAAAAGACUUGCCUGUUCCAGAAUUUGGCAGUCUUCAAGCAUGGGAAGCUCGAGCUAGUGCUGUUGUCCGUGCAGCUAGUGGAGAUAUCAAUCUUGGAGAUUCUAAAAUGUCGCAACUAGGAUAUAAUGGAGUGCCAAUGCCAUACAGUGGAGACACUAAGGUUGUAGUUGACUUCAAUAAUACUGAAGGAAAGGGAGAGGGCUUUAAGUCUGAAACUGACAGUACAACUUUAAAGGUUUUGCCUCCCUGGAUGAUUACAUCAGGUAUGAAUCUUACAAAGGAACAACGUGGGGAGGUGAAGGAGGAAACAAAGUUGGAUGGGACUUCAACUUCCAUUGCAGCACAGGACACAGAUGACAAGAAGUCAACGAUUGGGCAUGACCAUAAUAAAAAUAUACAGGAUGAGUAUAUUAAGGCUUACUAUGCUGCUUUACUUAAACAACAACAUGAUAUGGAAGAAGCUGCAAAAAAACAAUUGUCAGAUACAGUUUCUACAGACAAUCCUUCUAGCAGUACUUCCAAUCGUCAGGUUGGCAAGAAAUCCAAACGUGAGGAAGAUGACGAUGGUACUGAAUGGGAGGAGGCUCCUAUUGCAGGCAAUGGAAAUGGAGGUUAUUACAAGGUCGGGGAUUUGAAUGUUGAAGCUGAGAAAGUUCCAACAGAUGACGACGACGAUGAUGUAGACUGGGAGGAAGGUUGAUGAAAAAUUAUUGGACAGUAGUGUGUAACGGCCUAUUCUGAUUUUCAAAGGCAAGUGCUCAUAUAGUAAUGCCGCUGCAAAGUACAAGACCGGAAUUAACUGUUCGCAUGUUCUUGCUUGUGCAUCUUAUUGUGGUUAUGCGACCGUGGCUUCUGAUAAGGUGCGCAGUUGACUUUUUAGUUGUUAAUCAUAUAUUGGAUGAAAAAUACUACUCGGAAACUUUUCAUGCUAUAUCUGUCCAAAAACAGUGUCAACAACUUUAUUUUAUUGUGAUCACAUUACUAUUUGCCGGUGGAUA